AUGGUCCGGUUGAACGCCAAGGCGAAGGGCAAGUGGGUGUCGAUACGAAUCGUGUCACACCUGUGCACUCGCCGAGGCUGCGUUCUUGAGGAAGAUCACCCCGCUGCGAAAUGCUCACGCAAUUCCUGCGCGCAACCGGGGAUCCCUACCAGGCCAAUCGAUUUGUGGUACGCCAGGGUGCUCGCCACAGGGUUGAGGCUGGGGGUUCGUCGGCGUGGAGGAAAAGCUUUCGCACAACGUGGUCGGGGGAGACCUUUAGGUGAUGCGGCGAGGAGGGAGGCAGGGCGCAAACCGCCGACUGAGAAUGCUGUGACUAAUGAACCUGAGUUAGCCCUCUCGACAUCAGAGACGCCCCAGAGCUUUAGGGAGCCUCGGAAGAAGACGACAUCUAGCCAGUGCCGAGAUCAGUUGCGCAUGCAAGCGCCUCCUGUAUGGUUGCUGCUUAAUCCACACUGGGGGAUCCCUGUCAACGUCGCCCCACAACCGCAUGCGCUGGAGGGUCGUGUCUGCACCAGUGCGGCUCCGGUGCGACCGUCUGGCGAACGUGUUCUGAAGACCCUCAGCAAGUGGCGAUGGGGAUGGAGAACAAGAACGUUCCAGAAGUGA